AUGCCUGCCAUCGCCAGACCCGUUCUCCCGCCUCUCCAGACGCCCAAGACUGCCUCGUUUCCCUCCGAGAUUGUCGACACCCCCAACUCCUGCGUCUCGGCUUUCAUCAAGCAGGAGAACAUAGGCACGCCCAUCACGCCUCCUGUGGCCUAUACCGACUUUCUCAAGGCUUUGACUCCAGUCCUGGCAAGUCCUCCAGUGACAGGUGCGCUCUCACGGUCCAUGUCCGAUGAAUCCACAAGUACUCGGCAUUCCAUCAUCUCCAAUACCUCGACGACUUCUAGCAUGUCUUCCAGCCGCAGCGAGAGUCACAAAUCUCCCACAAGUUCAAUACCACCAACUCCGUACAGUCGCAGAACACCAACCGGGUUGCGAAGGUUGAGGAUACCACAUUCACCUGCUUUCUCACCAUCAACCUGUGGACCUUCACCCCGCACUGCGGUCAGCGCGAUGAGUGGGAUGAGUACUGGAAGUCUAUUGUACUCUCCUUUCUCACCGGCAGAUUGGAGUGCUGACAGUGCAACUCGGCGCUACUUUGACGCACCCAAAAGUGCUUGUGUCAAACCAGUGAGCGUGCGUUCAGUGGUCACGAGAACCGUGACAUACAAGCGAUCUCCACCACUCGAGCCUGCUCCAAAGGGCAAAAAGCGAAAGAUCUCAGCCACCGAGAUGCCACCUCCAGCCAUGGGAAAGGACAAAGAGAGCAAUGCUAUUUCAGUCACCAACUUCCCUUCUACCCUGGUCGACUCUACGGCCACCUCUACACCAACAAACUCACCUCCGAUCAGCCCUCUGCCACGGGCUGUAUCGACUCCUUCUACCGUGGUUGCAUAG